AGGCGCAUUUUAGCAGGACGACAGCAGCCUAUCUCUCCACUUGCCUUAUGGAGCUUGAGGAUGCUUAUGGAGCACCCACUCGGAUUGAACUAGCGGCAGCCUCCGGGUCCCAUACUGCCUUCAAGGUGGAUUGCACUCAGUUGGUGAGCGUUGCCUGCUUGGAAAUGAAGUGCUUCUUAGAAAGUGUGGAUAAAAAACACAGUCCUAUUGAGCUCACUAAUGGUGUAGCUGUAAUUCUGGGACGAAGUCCCCAGACCUGCAUCGCUGAUAGGAAAUGCUCCAAGAAUCAAGUGGAGCUUGUUGCAAAUAUUGAGAAGAGAAUUGUGCGUGUCACUCAGCUGGGUCCAAACCCCACCACUGUGGGAGAAGUCCAUUUAAAACAAGGAGAGAGCACUCUGAUGAAUGGGGAUCAGACCCUUUACAUGGUGAACUCUGUAUAUCCUUAUACUCUUGUAUUUAACAACGAGAGCCCUCAUAGCUUUACGCUGGCUGCAAAAGGCAAAACUUUGAUCAAAAAGCGUGGUCCAGCUGCUUCCCCAAAGAAGACAAUAACAGAUUUUUUUGUUGCGGCUACAUCAAAAAGCCAACAAGAGGAAGAUGAUAAAUUGGAACCAAGCAAUAAGAGGACAAAGCGUCAGGAAUCAGAAUUGAGAGCAACUGAUGAGAGAGAUGGUUCAGACAAAGAAGAAAUAUCUAGUAAACCAAAAGAAUUUCAAGAUAUGGCAGCAAAUGGCAGUAAUACAAAAAUAUCUAAUGAAUCUCCAGACACACUGACCGGUGGAACCUGCAGCAAAGACUCUUGGGAAGAGCAUGGAAAGCUCCUGGUGUUUAACAAGAAAGGUGUCAGAGCUUUUUCCAAGAUUGCUGGAUUUGACAUCGAUGGAACAAUUAUCACAACAAAGUCAGGAAAAGUCUUCCCAACUAAUGCUGAUGAUUGGAGAGUUUUGUAUUCUGAAAUACCAAAAAAGUUGAAAGAACUUUUGAAGGAUGGCUAUAAGGUGGUUUUUUUGACCAAUCAGAUGGGAAUUAGCCGUGGUAAACUGAGGCCUGAAGUUUUCAAAGCGAAAGUUGAAGCAAUUUUGGAUCAACUUGAUAUACCUGUACAGGUGUUUGUUGCAACUGGUAUGGGAAUCUAUCGUAAGCCAGUCACUGGAAUGUGGGACUACCUGUGCGAAAAGGCUAAUGAUGGCAUCAAAGUACAGAAAGAAGAUUGCAUUUAUGUAGGAGAUGCUGCUGGGAGACCUGCAAAUUGGGCUCCAGACCGAAAGAAGAAGGAUUUCUCAUGCAGUGACCGCUUGUUUGCUCUUAAUAUUGGCAUACAGUUCUACACUCCAGAAGAGUUUUUUCUUGGAUGGAAGAAGGCUUUGUUUCAGUUUCCCACCUUUGACCCAAAAAAAUUGGAUCCAAAUGGUCCACUCUAUGAACCCUCGUCUGCCUCUCUGGUGUUGUCUUCUACAGAGGUUGUGGUGACUGUUGGCUUUCCCGGAGCUGGAAAAUCAACUUUCAUAAAAGAACACCUGGUACCGAAAGGCUAUGCAUAUGCCAACAGAGACACACUUGGAACAUGGCAAAAGUGUGUAGCAGCCUGUGAAGAAGCAGUGAAAAAUGGCAAGAGCAUCGUUAUCGAUAAUACCAAUCCAGAUGUGGAGUCCCGUGGUCGGUACAUCAGCUGUGCAAAGAAAGCAGGAGUUCCAGCUCGAUGUUUCCUCUUUACUGCCACCAUUGAACAGGCCAAACACAAUAAUAGGUUCCGAGAGAUGACUUACACGGGUAAAGGACACGUUUCGGUAAAUGACAUGGUAAUCAACAGCUACAAGAGCAAAUAUGUGACACCAUCUCUAAAUGAAGGUUUCAGUGAAAUUCUGAAAAUUUAUUUUGUACCAAGCUUCAAGAAUCCAGAACUAAAAUCUUUGUAUCUGCAGUUCUCAGAAGGCUAAAUGGAGUCACAAUUUUGACACCCAGGUCCAAGGAAGGUCUGCAGAAAAAACCCUAAUAUAUUAAUGAAAUAUAAAAAAAAUGAUGUGAGUCCAUGUAGGGCAGGCUAAGUAAAGCCACCUCUGAUUGUGUGGAUUUGGUUCCAAUACUUUUUUGUGCUUUUGAUUCAAAACUUUUUUUUGAUCAAGUAAGUCUGUUUACUAUGCAAGAUACGUUCUCUUCUAGAAUUUACACAAUUGAAAUAAAAGAGGUAAUAUUAAAUUACGGAUUCUAUAAUUAAGAAAUACUGUAUGCCUCGUUGAUGAAUAAUAAUAAAGUUUCCUUUAACUUUUUUCCACUUUUAACACAUUGUUAUUAAAGGGUUUUAAAAAACA